GAUCGCUGUCAACUUGUUGUAAACAAACGCUCCUAAAGUUUCUUUUAUUUGUGUUGCCCAUCGGACGGCUGAAGGCACCUAAAGUUAUUCGCUAUUGCUAGAUUACACUAGAAAUAGUUGUUUUUAAAAAACAACAAUAAUUAAACAGUUCAAGUAUGUCCAGUACACCCGCAUCCGAACGGCUUCACUCGAGGGACUCACUGUCGAAGGAGGCACUGGCAGCAAUCAAGAAAGUUUUCAAGCGGGAGCAAGGAGGACCUUCGAAGUGCCGGAUUUGUGGUAAUCAACUAAAAGUCGACAAAUUUAGCAAUUUAAAACGGCACAUGCAAAACCUGCACCAGCGUGAAUAUGCGGAAAUACUGGUAGCAAGUGGUAGCAACAUCGAAGAGAUGAAGAUAGCUUCUUUUGCGCCAGUUACUUUCGAUCAAAACUUUCUGGCCGAGUGCUGCGUCAAGAUGGUCACCGUAGGGGGGCUUCCGUUUGGUGUGUUGGAACGGCCAGGUAUAGCAGAUUUGCUCGGCUUCAGAAUACAACGUCAGACUGUUCUCCAUAGUAUUUCGUUAACAGUGGAAGCCUUUCGAGAGAAAAUCAUAGAUGAGCUUAAAGGUCAGAUCAUAUGUGUCAAACUGGACACUGUAACAAGAGCAGGACAAAGCGUUGUGACCGUCUUUUCACAGCUUCUACGCGCAGGGAAAUUCGAGAUGAGAACGUUGGCUGCCUAUGAUCUUGAUUUUGCAACCCCAGCUGAGGAGAUGAAAGCUAAAGUCAUCGAAACGCUAGGUGAUUUUGGUGUUGAUGCAAGCCAAAUAUAUGCAAUUACUACGGAUAACGGAAUAAACUAUCCGAUUGCUACGCAACUUGUGUACAAUGCUAAACGUGAUGCUUUGCUGUCUGUUGAUAAUGGUAUCAGUUUUGAUGACGAGGACGUUGGUUUUAGUGGCGAAACAGACCAACUAGAAGCCGGCGAUUAUCUCGAAGGGAAUACUAAAGAAGAAGAUGCUCUCAGUGUGAUUACGCAUGCUAUUGAUGAAGGCGUAAUAUGUGCUGCGAAUGCGUUCCAUUGUUGCGCACAUGAUGCCAUUAGGUCCCUGAAACUAAAGAAACAAUUAGACGAGAUUCGAAUUGUGGUUAAUUACCUGCGUACAGAGGAACUUCGAAAGUUGUUCGUACGUAACCACCUGUCCAUCCCAAAGCUUGAACCCGAAAUCAGAUGGAAUUCCGUAUUUUCCAUGCUGUCACAGCUGAUUGACCAAAAGCUGUUCAUCAACGAGUUGAUGGAUGAAAAUGAUGAACCCAUGUUAACUGCGGAGCAUUGGACAUUCAUUGAAAAAUUUGUCGAAGCAUUUGAUCCAUUUCAUUCAGUAACACAUACCCUUCAGGAGGAAAUAAUGACAAUGGGAGAUUUUUAUCUGCUUUGGCUUGAAUGCUUGCUCAGAAUCGAAGAGUUGGCAAAUAACUAUAUCGCGAAAGCAUUGAUCGCUGCCUUGAAUAGUAAACAAGAGCAUUUAUUUGAAAGCCGAUUUUUCCUAGCUGCUCUUUACUUUGAUCCUCGAAUUAAUUACGGUGGCUCCGAGUUGCUCUCCGAGGAGCACAAGUGUAUCGCUAUUGAUCAGAUACUUAAGUUAUGGGAAAAAAUCCGUCACACGGAAUCGAUAGAAGUUUCCGCUCACGCGGAAAAUGGUUCAUCUAAUUCAUGCUCAACGAAUUUCAGACUCGUGGAGGCAAUGCUGCGGAAAAAACAUUCACUCAAAGACUUGGGGCGUAGCGCAGUUGAAAAGAAACUGAAGGAGCUUGCCCUCCAGCCAAGGAUUUCAGCUGAAAGCAAUGUGCUUGUGCACUGGGAACAGCGGAGAAACAGUGAGCCCGAAUUGUAUAAAUUGGCCCAAAUUGUCCUCAGUGUCCCCUGCACGCAGAACACUGCGGAACGUGCGUUCAGCGCGCUUGGUUUUGUGCUUUCGAACCGUCGGCUAAAGCUGAGUAAAAUGACGCUCAGCGAUAUGGUUUUCGUGAAACUAAAUCACGACCUUUUUCAACAAGUCGAAAUCGAUUACAUGAAGUCAAGGUCAAAUUACACCCCGUGACCGAGUCGCAUGUUUAGGUUAGAGUUUUUACGUUAACGAAAUGACCAUAAUAAAUUUUUUAAAUUAUUAUUCGAAUGAAACAAA